GCCAUCCGUUACAAGCGCAAGCGAAGGUGCACUACCUACGGAAGCCAUCUCUAGCUCCGAUGGCUAUGUUUGGUUACCGGGAAAAUCUUCUCAUAUUUUCCAUUGGUUUCCCAUAAUCAAACUCUCUUAACCUCACUCAUUUUCUCUUUUCUUCUCGCGAUGAUCUGAUUCUUCUUCUUCUUUUUUUUUUUUUUUUUUUUCAUCCUUUGGAAUUGAAGGCGUCAUGGGGAAGGAUAACGAAGAUUCAGCUAUGCAAAUCGACGGAUCGAACAAUUCCGAGCAGAUCAGCACCAAAUUCUCAAUCAACGUGUUGCAGCUUCUGAAGUCUGCUCAGAUGCAGCAUGGAUUGCGGCACGGAGAUUAUACUCGUUAUCGGAGAUACUGUACUGCUCGGUUGAGGAGAUUGUAUAAAUCAUUGAAGUUCACACAUGGCCGGGGUAAAUAUACCCGAAGAGCAAUAACUGAAUCCACUGUCACUGAAGUGAGAUUUCUUCACGUGGUUCUUUAUAUGGCUGAGAGAGCGUGGAGCCAUGCCAUGGAGAAAAGACAGCUUCCAGAUGGUCCAAAUGCACGCCAGCGCAUCUAUUUAAUUGGUAGACUGAGGAAGGCAGUAAAAUGGGCGAAUCUAUUUUCACAUUUGUGUUCUAUCAAAGGAGAUUCCAGAACAUCCUUAGAAGCUGAGGCCUAUGCUUCCUAUAUGAAAGGGAGUCUGUUGUUUGAACAAGAUCAGAAUUGGGACAGUGCAUUAAAGCAUUUCAAAAGUGCCAGGGCUGUUUAUGAGGAACUUGGAAAAUACGGAGAUGUGGAGAAUCAAAUCUUGUGUCGUGAACGUGUUGAAGAACUUGAACCAAGCAUUCGAUACUGCCUGCACAAAAUUGGGGAGUCAAAUUUGCAAACAUCUGAACUUUUACAAAUUGGUGAAAUGGAAGGUCCUGCACUGGACCUUUUCAAAGCAAAACUAGAGGCUGUUAUGGCAGAGGCCAGAUCUCAGCAGGCCGCAUCUUUGACUGAGUUUCAUUGGCUUGGGCAUAGAUUUCCGAUAUCCAAUGCCAAAACUCGUGUUGCAAUUUUAAAAGCUCAAGAACUGGAAAAGGAUUUACAUGGUCAAUCUGCUGAUGCACUGCCAGCUGAGAAAAAAUUAGCAAUUUUUGACAAAAUCUUCUCUGCAUAUCAUGAAGCAAGGAGCUGUAUCCGUAGUGAUUUGGCGAGUGCAGGUAACGCUGAAAAUGUAAAAGAUGACUUGAAUGGUCUUGAUAAAGCUGUUAGUGCUGUAUUAGGACAACAAACAAUUGAGCGCAACCAGUUGUUAGUUAGCCUUGCAAAGAGUAAACUUACUAGGCGCCGUGAUGACAAAAAUGAGAAAGUUACCAAGCCUGAGGAGCUUGUUCGCUUAUAUGAUCUUUUACUCCAGAACACAGCUGAUCUUUCUGAUUUAGUUAGCUCAGGAAGAGAUAGAAAACCUGAAGAGGUGAAAUUUGCUGAAGAAUGUGACCUUAAAGAUCUGGCUUUCCGAGCCGAAAGAUGCUUCUACUUGGCAACAUCAUACAGUUUAGCUGGAAAGAGAACAGAAGCUUAUGCACUAUACUGCCGUGCUCGCUCUUUAACUGAGAAUGCCCUACAGAAGCUUCAAAGUCGUAAUGACAGUGAUAAGACGAUGGUAAACGAGUUGAAGACGUUGUACAAUGAAUGUAGAUCUAACAGCUGCAUAGAGCAUGCAACUGGAAUUCUUGAAGAGGCGAAGGCCCCUGAGAAUCUCUCUAAGAAGAUGUCCACUAUAUCAUUAAGUGGAGCUGACAAGAAGGUGGAACAGUACCUUCUUGAGAAACUUGAUGUCUAUGAGUCUGCAGUUGGAGAUUCUAAUGCAAGGGGUGCUGCUCCACGCAUUGAAGCCUUCCCUCCACCCUUCAAAUCAAUACCUCGCAAUCCCAUUAUUAUGGACCUUGCACAUGAUUUUAUUGAUUUCCCAUCUCUAGAGAACAGGAUGAAGAAGGAUAAGAAGGGCUUCAUAAGUAGGUUUUGGCGUUGAGCUUCAGUCAAAAACAUUGUUUACAGUUAACAGAAAGACAAAAGUGCAAUUUUAUUUGAUAAAAUUCUUACUUGAGGUUCUUAGAUGCAUUGGCUUUCACUCUAGAUUUAAUGGCCGAAGAAUUUCUCAAACUGUAUUUAACCCUUUUCUCUUUUUUAAACGUUCGUCAAAAUUUUGAGCUUCUUCAAAUUUUGCAAUUAGCUCGUUGGAGCAAAACAUUGUCAAUUGAACUUAAUUCAUUUUAUUAUAGGUUCUUGUCUCGGGAGCUUUUCUUUUGUUACAACUGUACUUUGAUUGCAUUUGGAAAUGUUGUGGUUAGGUGAUUGUGAUUCCAUGCUGCUGCUCCUAGUGAAAUUCAUAAUCAAUGUUUUUAUUCCAG